GUGAGCAAGAACGCAAGGAAAGCGAUGAGGCGGGAGGGGCAAGGCCUGCCGCCAGGAAUCGAAGACUGGCUCAAGGAGGUCAACCUGAGAGUGGAAGACGCCCAACCCAUCCUCGCCGUGCGACCCGGCAAGCCGAAAGGUGACGAUCGGUCCCUUACGGUCCGGAUCCACGGCGAGGAUGUGGAAAGGCGGGGCCGAGUACUGCGCUGGUCUUCGGACUGUAAGCCGCAGGUUUCACCCGAGAGGGCCAGUCCUCUCCGUGAUUUUUUAAAGCGCUUCUAUCCCGAAGAGGAUUGGAAGCGCCUCUACAUCUGGCAGAUCGGACCUCCGAA